CAUCUCCUUGACUCUCUCCGCCAUGAUGUUGACGGCCAGCGUCUGCCAAGCCACCGAGAAGGACGACGGCCCCGGGAGCAGAGUGCCUGGCCUGUGGAGCGCCUGGGCAUCGUGGUCAACUUGCUCGCAGCCCUGCGGCCUGGGGGUCAUGGAAAGGACACGAGCGUGCCAGUCCCCGUACCAGCGCGUCCCCUGGGCCGGCCGGCCGGAGCUGGCCCCACAGCCGGUGUACCCUCCGCAGGCCCACGAGAACCGGGCCGCUAGCCCUUACCCGGGCCGGCCAUCCUACCCUCUCCACACCGAGGGCAGCGCCAGGCCGGGUCUGCCCUUCCGCGGCUCGGCCCUGCCCCUGCACGGCCAAGCCCAGCCGCUUCGCGCCUCGCGUCUCGGAGCCCAGAACCGCCACACCCGCCACGAGGCCCUCCCGGCCGAGGAGCUGCCCUCGCGGGACGCCGUCGCCCCCCAGCAUGGCCGCCGGAGGGACUCCGCUCCCGCCCAGGAGGCUGGGGUCCACCUGCCGAGGCCUCGGGAGAACCAGGAAUCUCGCCGGACCCUCAACCCGCCCUUCAGGCACAGCGCAGCCGCCCGGAUCCCUGUCCGGGACGCCAUCCCCUUGUUCAAACCCCUGAGGAGGGAUAGCCCUGAGGCGGGCUUGAGCCCCGACAGGCCGCGUCACAGUAGCCAAGGGGACGGUGACCGCCGCAGCUGGGCCGCCUCUCCUACGCCGGAGUCCCCGGCGGCCCGGAGGUCCCGGGUUCGAGAGGCGAUCAAGCCAGGAAAGUACGGCUACGGGAAGCUGCCAUUCGCCUUGCCCCUCCACAAAGACGUGGCCGAGGGGGCCACACCCCGCUUCAAGAGGCACCACGGAGGCAGAGCCAGGGAGCCCCCGUCCCCGCCUCCCCCUCCUCCUCCCCCUCCUUCGAAAAAACAGAAGCGCAAAGCUGUCCGCUCUUCCUCCCGCGAGGAGGAGGAGGAGCAGGAGGAAACCGGCCGGGAGAAGGGGCCCCUGAGCUCCAGGGCCGAACCCAGGACCCCCCUGAAGCUGAAACAUCCUCCGCAGGCGGACGCUGCUGCCCAGCCCCACGCACAGACUGGUGAGGGGGUGAAGAACCUUUUGGGGCACGGCCACGCAGAGGGUCAUGGGCAUGUGGCAAACGGAGGGGGCACGGCAGAUGCAGCGCGGCCCACGGAACCGGGUACAGACACACCGCAGAAAAGCGAAUCUUCGGGGGAAGCAGAACAUCUUGGAAAGGCAGCAGCAACCUCUCCAGGGUCACACAGCGAAGCUCACCAGACAGGGGGCGCCACAGCACCUUCGGGGAACCAGCAGCGGAAGCAUCUCCCAGAAUCCUCUGCAAGGCCCCAUGAGAAGCAUAUCCCAGAAUCCUCUGCAAGGCCCCAUGAGAAGCAUCUCCCAGAAUCCACUGCAAGGCCCCACGAGAAGCGUCUCCCAGAAUCCUCUGCAAGUCCCCACAAGAAGCGUCUCCCAGAAUCCUCUGCAAGGCCCCAGGAGGAGCACCUCCCAGAAUCCUCUGCAAGGCCCCACGAGACGCCUGAAGUGGCAGAGAGUUCCACGGGCGGCUCGAUCCCCACAGCGGACGGCGGAGAGGGAGGCGGCAACCCCACAGCGGCCGUGAUGCAUUCCUCCUCUCCGAGGCCCUCAACGGCUGGCAGCCCCGCUCCGCAGGCGCAGGGCGAGCUGCGGCUGACCCACCACGUCCUCAGAAACAACAGCUCUGCUGCCAAGAGGAAGGGGCCCGGGGCGGGGAAGAGCCACCGGGCCACGCCAGAGCCGCCACGUCGCCCGGAGAGCAGCUCCGUGGCCCAGCCUGAAAGGGCAGGACACGCGAACCGCCCGCCCCACGGCCAAUCCCGGUCCCGGAACCAGAGGCAGAACGAGCACCAGGCGGGCGGCCAGGGCAGGCGGCCGUCGCACAGCCUCUUUGUGGACCAGCCCGUGGCUCCUCGUCCUGCGGAGCCAGACAUUUGGCUACUGCACCGGGGCAGCCCUGUUCAGUUCCACGCCAGGGGGCAAGGGCCGCCGGGAGGGGUGCGCCCCGGUAGCGAAGUCCCGCAGUGGAACCUCUACUAUCCUGGCACCGAGACCUUCCACUGCGAAGGAGAGAGCAAGCAGUUCAAGGCCUGCAGGCAAGAGCCGUGCCCGCGCGAUCGACCUGAUCCUCGGGCCGUCCAGUGUGCAGCAUACAACAACCAGGAGUUCAUGGGACGCCUGUACCAGUGGGAGCCCUUCACGGACGUGCGAGGGUCCCAGCGCUGCGAGCUGAACUGCCGCCCCAUUGGCUACCGCUUCUACGUGCGACACACGGAGAAAGUGCAAGAUGGGACCCCGUGCGAAUCCUCCUCCCAGGACAUCUGCGUGGCUGGGCAGUGCCUUACCCCCGGUUGCGACGGGGUCCUGGGUUCGAAUCGCACGCUGGACAGCUGCGGGGUUUGCGGCGGGGACCACACCACCUGCAAGCUGGUCGUGGGGAAUUUCAGCGACACGGACGUCCCCAUCGGGUACCACCGCAUCCUGGAGAUCCCGGCGGGGGCCACCCGGAUCCAGGUUAAGGAGAUGACCCGCAGCCCUAACUACCUGGCCCUUCGGAGCCACAGCGGCAAAUCCAUCAUCAACGGAAACUGGGCCGUGAACCCGCCGGGGCGCUACGAGGCAGCUGGCACCGUUUUUGUGUACAGCCGUCCGGGAAGCGACCGGAGGGAGGGCGAGUCCCUGGCAGCGGACGGGCCCACGACAGAACCUAUAGAUGUGUAUAUGAUCUUCCAGCAAGACAAUCCUGGUGUCUCUUACCAGUUCUUCCUGGCCUCUGUACAGCCGGAGAGCCCCACUCCUGACCUACGGAGCCCCCGGCAGGACUUUGGUGCCUUGACUGUGGUUUCCUCCGGCAACCAGAUGGAGCCCCCGCCCAGCCACCAACGCCCUGCGCCGGCGGAUGCCCGAAACUUCGCCCCGCCUCGCCUCCCGGCUUCGUCCGGCCAAUCGGGGAGGAGCCGUGCCGCGGCUCCGCCCCCUCCCGCCUCGUCCAGCCAAUCGGGGAGGAGCCCCGGGACUCUGCAAAGGAAUGUCCGCGUCCCACCCCUUCCGCCCCCGCCCCCUCCCGUUCAGCAUGGCUCCGACCCCUUGCAGGACUUCUACUGGAGGCGGAUCGGCAACACCGACUGCUCCGCCACCUGCGGGAAAGGUUUCUGGCAGUCUGUCUACCAAUGCAUCUCUCGCAUUACACAAGAGGAGGUGGGGGAGGAGAAAUGCCACCUGAUCCCCAAGCCCAUUGUGUCGGAGGAAGCCUGCAACACGGAGCCGUGCCCAGCUUACUGGGAGGCGGGCGAGUGGUCGGCCUGCAGCAAAUCCUGCGGCCUGGGCACCCAGCACCGCCAGGUCCUGUGCCGCCAGAUCUACGCCAACCGCAGCACCAUGGUGCACCCCCAGAGGUGCGCGCAGCUGGAGAAGCCCAACGCCACUCAGGCCUGCCAAGUCCAGGUUUGCAGCCGCUGGGAAGUGCGCACCAACUGGAGCUCGUGCUCGGUCCUCUGCGGCACUGGCCACCGGACGCGCCACGUCCGCUGCGUCAGUAACCACGGCGACUUGCUCCGCGACAGUGACUGCCCAGGGAACCAUCGGCCGAAGACCAGCGAAGCUUGCGACAUGGGGCCUUGCGUGCGCACCUGGUUCUACAGCGACUGGAGCAACACGUGCUCAGCGGAGUGUGGGACGGGGAUCCAGCGGCGUUCGGUGGUCUGCCUUUCGAGCGCCGCCAAUGGGCAGGUGGAGGAGAACUGCGCCGGCACCAAACCAGCCGACAUGAGGGCAUGCAAUGGCGGUCCGUGCCAGAGGGUCACCCGGUGGUACACUGGGCCGUGGAGUCCGUGCUCGUCGGACUGCAGCACGGGAACCCAGCGGCGCGACCUCAUCUGCGUCAGCAAGCUGGGCGCCGAGUUCAACGUGACGGACGCCUCGGACUGCGCCCACCUGGAGAAGCCGCCCUCCUUGCAACCUUGUGUGGGGACGUCUUGCGAGGCCCGCUGGUUCUCCACCGCCUGGAGCUCCUGCUCCAGGUCCUGCGUUGGGGGCGUCCAAGUGAGAGAGGUCCAGUGUCUGACCCAAAACAAGACCCUGAGCAACCUCUGUCCGCCGGAUCUCAAGCCCGUCAAGAAACGGCCCUGCAACGUCCAGCCCUGCCUCCUGGACCUCGACGAGAACUGCAGGGACAAAUACCACAACUGCCCGGUGAUCGUGCAGGCCCGCCUCUGCGUCUACUCCUACUACAAAGCCGUCUGUUGUGCCUCAUGCACCCACGCCUUGGAGAGGCGCCACGCCGGACCCAGCCGAUAGCGCCGGCGAGCGGGCGGGAUCCUGGACUCCUCGCACCUUUACUUGAACCGGGGACGGGCGAAUAUAUUUCGCAGACUGCGGGAGCCCCCGUCAUCC